AUGAGUGAAAAUAUAGAUGACUAUCCUGGACAAAAUGAACGAGGCAUUAAAUCAUCAUAUCGUGGAUUUUUGGAUAUUAGCAGUGAUAUCAUUUCUACAACAAUAUCAUCUACAGACACAGUUAAUAAUCUUGAUGCUAUUUGGUUUCGUCACUUUUUAAAGGAGAUAAAAUCUCUGUUCAAUCAGGAAACUUAUGUUGAAAUCAGAAAUAAGGCAAAUGAAGAACAAUUUCGUUUUACAAAUUAUUUUCAAAAAUUUUGGCAAAAAAUUAUUAGGGAACAUAAAAAAGAAAAUUUAGCACCUACUUUAGCACCUACUGUUGCACCUUAUUCAGAUGAAACAUCUGAAAAUGAAACAUCUGAAGUUUUGCAAUUAGAUUCAAAUAAAACUAACAAGAAUACUGAAAAAAUUACUUUCCAAGUUAAACAAGUAAAAGAUGAUAAUACUGAUAAUACUGAUAUAGAAGAACAUUCAUCUAAUGAAUACUGGAAAAAGCAAAACAAUAAUUUAGCACCUUUUGUUACAUUUUACUCAAAUGAAACAUCUGCUAUAAAAUUAUCUGAAGUUUCUCAAUCAAAUUCAAAUAAAACUAACAAGUAUACUGAAAAAAUUACUCAACAAAAAGGCAAACUGAAAAGAGUAAGAGAUGAUAAUGCUGAUACAGAAAAUUUAUCUAAUGAAUACUGGAAGAAACAAAACCAAAUUCUAAGACAAAAUAAGAAUAACCUAGUAUAUAGACAUGUUGUUGAUGAUGCACUUCUUAUUGCCUCAGCAUAUGAAACAAAUGAACCUGUACUUCAAGCAAUUGUAGAAAAACUUAUUCCAUUAAAGUAUUGUAUUCCAGAACUUUUAUUAGUAAUGAAUGGUAAAAAGCCAAAAGGCUCAGGUCGUUUUGGUUAUUCAGAUAUUUUUAUUUUAAGUAAUGAAGGAAAUAAUAAUAUUAUUUUAGAAUUAAAGUAUAUCUCAUUAAUUGGACUUAUUAAUAGUAAUCAGAAAAAUAAUUUUGGUGCAAAUGAACUUGAGAAUCUGGAUAAAAUACUUGAAAAUGAAAAUGAAGAAUCUGUAUUAAAAAGAUCAUAUACGUAUUGGUCAAAGAAUGAUAAAAAAACAAAUUUGAUAACUAUAGGUGAGACAUUAAAUAAUGGGUUGAAUCAAUUAAAUUCAUAUAUGAAAACAAUUUCAAAAGGAAAAGCUAUAAACUAUUCUAGCUCAGGAGUAUUUGAUGAGCGUGUCAAAAUAACAAAAUCUAAACCUAAUAAGUUAAAGGGAUUUGUUAUAUUAGUAAUUGGUUUUCGUCGCAUUUUAUGGAAAUCUGCUAAUGAAGUAACAACUAACUAUAUAUAUAAUAAGAUUUAA